GUGAUUGGCCCCAAUCCUAAAUUAGGGUUUUAGAAGCAGAGUUAUUAAAACCGCAGCCGUGUUUUAGGGUUCACUCUCUUCUCCGCCUUCAGUUUCAUCCAGAGAGAGCAACACAGUCUGCAGCAAUGGCGAGGAUCAAGGUCCACGAGCUCAGAAACAAGACAAAGGCAGAGCUUUUGGGUCAACUGAAGGAUCUGAAGGCAGAGCUUGCCCUCCUCCGAGUCGCCAAGGUCACCGGUGGAGCCCCCAACAAGCUCUCCAAAAUCAAGGUGGUGAGGCUUUCAAUAGCACAGGUGUUGACAGUGAUUUCCCAGAAGCAAAAAGCGGCUCUAAGGGAAGUCUACAAGAACAAGAAGUUUCUUCCUCUGGAUUUGCGCCCAAAGAAGACCAGGGCCAUCAGAAGGCGUCUGACCAAGCAUCAGGCAUCUUUAAAGACAGAACGGGAGAAGAAGAAGGAGAUGUACUUCCCAUUGAGGAAGUUUGCAAUCAAAGCAUAAUGUUGGAUUCAAUUAUGAAGGAAAUCGGGUGUUUCGCCCAUUAUAAGAUAUUCCAAGGACACCAUUUUAAAGUGUUUAGCUCUUCCCGUAAUUUCGUCAUUGUAGACACUAUCCCAAAUAUGAUUUUGUUGGUCCAGGUUUUUAAUGCUGAUUUUGAUUUCUAUUAUUGUUUGAGCAUUUGCAAUGGGAUUAA